AUGAAUUCUCUAAACGAGCUGAGCCUGUUAGGGCCGCGUAACGGGACUAGCAGCCAAGUAUCACCAUCGUGGAGUGUUCCUUUGAUGAGUAACGAGUUUAACACACCGGUUUGUGUAUUCAGAUGUUCAGAAUGUCCGUUGGUCAAAAACUCAUGUGAAGAUUUGGAGAUUCAUAUCAAAAUUGAGCAUUUGAACUGGCUUCCCUUCCAAUGCACAUUAUGUUCGUCGAAAAGGGCUAGUGAUAACCAGAUGAGAGAGCACGUCUUGUCUCAUCAUCGUGUUAGUGAAUAUACCUAUACAUAUGUGGAUAAUCCGGCGGCCAAGAGGCUUUUACAAAGUAGGUUUUUCUUUCUUUAGUUUGUCUUUACUUUAAGGUUUCUUAUCGGUCAAUAAGUUUAUGGAAAAGGCUUGUUUUAGUGCAUUUAAAAGCAUUUUUGCCAAAAUAUCGACUAAAAUCAAUUGUAAUACUUAAAAUCUAAUAAAAAAGCUAAGAACGUUUUAUAACAACAUCAUUUUUAGACAGUAUUGACAGAGCACUAUCCGGUGCAAUACAACAGAUGGUAAAUCGUCGUAUUCAGGCACUACAACAAAAGAAUGGCGGUGUUUUACCAUCCACAUCCAGUGGUAACGCCGAGCAAAAACGCAAGAAUCUCCACGAUAUCCUUAGCAGAACGUUGUCACACGAAAACGACGGUGAAGACAGGAACUCAAGCAGUAGCUUAUCACCAGCUGAAAGCAAUGCCAGUGCUACAGCGACAGUUGUCAGCAAAAAUAGGUAUGAAUCUUGUCGAUUUUUGAGGAUUUUAGGGAAUAUGGAAGAUUUUUUGGAGUUUCUGAAGUUUACCGUAUGGUAAUGAAUGAAAAUGUGAACAAAAAGUGAAUAAUAAUAGUUUAUUAUCUUAUGUAACUACUAAAAUUAAUUUAAGCCUAAUAACUAACCUAAAUUUAUCAUUUUCCAGCGCAAACCUCAACGAACAUCCCGAAGAUCUCAUUACAAAUGAACAAGAAAUCGACUUCAACACUCAACUCACAAACCUCUUCCAAAACAACACUCAAGACUACGACGAUGACUGUAGUGACAAUGUAUCAUCAUCACUUUUAAAGACAUUAGGCCUCAGCACAACCGACAAACAAGAAGAAGACGAAGUUGAUCCAGACAAACUGAUUCAAAACGUUUCUUCUUUGUUCAAUGUCAACUUUGAUAACUUUAUGAAUAACCAGAAUAACAAGAAGCCAGCUUUGAACAUUCACGGUCGUGUUAUUAAACGUAGGCCUGGAAAUUCCACUCAAUGGUAAGGAUAAUAUAAGGUUUUUGGGUAUUAUAUGUUUUUGGUAUGUGGUUGGAAUUUUGGUCAUAAUUUUUGAACUAAAUGACGUUUUGGGUUGAAUUUUUGUUAUAAGCUAGCCAACAUAUUGUAGUUUAUGGAAACAAAUAUGAAAUUAUUGCUAAAAAAGAAUUUUGUGUUAUGAAACUUUUUUGAUAUUAUAGUAGUUAGCUGAUGAAAAAUGUAACUGUAGGAAGGAAGAUUGGUGAAGAUGGGUUAUUUUAUGUUAGUUUGGAAGGAAAUUGAUUUUAGUUUUUAUUUUUAAAAUUUCAGAAUUUUAGUUUUGAUAUUGGAUAAGUUAUGGAUAUUAUACUAGACAUCAAAUUUAUUUUUUUUGCAGAUUUAUUGGCUUUGUUGUUUUUUUUUUGAGAUUUUUGUUAAGAGUGGUAUAACAUUAGAUGUGUUGAUGUUUUGUGUUGCAGUAGUGAUGUUUUUUGAUAACUUUUAAGUAUAAAAAUCAUCUAUAAUCGACAAAAAAGUGAGCUAAAACCACUAAAAAAGUCAUCAUUUGUCUCAUCACUUCCCCAGUUCAAAAUAAAACUGAGUGUUUUAGUUUCAGCGUGAGCAAGAAGCGCGUGCUCGGCGAGUGCACCAAAUGCCAGAAACCAGUGACAGCGGGCGCACGCCAAAUGCACAUGUUCUACCACUUGGGCAAGGACGAGAACACCUACCGCUUCAAGUGCAAGUUCGACGACUGCGACGUGGAACACUACCGCAAGGAUCAAAUGGAGAACCACAUGUCUAAGCAGCACGGCCGUAUUGACCACGACAUGAUGCUCGACCGAUCCAACGAGCUUUACGAACGAGUCCAGAAGCUGAGCAUGGAGUUGUUGGGCACAGUAGGUAACCACCCAGGCCCAAACGCAGCCCGUGCUCAAGCCGCCUACAACAAAAUGCAAGCUGAAAAGGAGGAAACAAGAAAAAGGAAAGCCAAUGAUGAUGAAGAUGACAAACCAAACCCAUUGGACUUGCUGAGCCAGGUCUAUAGUCCAGCCACCAGUGAACGGAGCACCCCCAAAGUGGUUCGACCGGGAAAUGAAGAGAAUCUGGAGUGCAGAUUGUGCCACAAAUUUAUUGUUAAUAGGGUAGGUUUUUAAGGAAGAUUGGGGUGGAUUUUUUAAAUUUUAAAAAUUUUGAAAAAAAAAUCAAUUUUUGAAAAUUUUGAAUUUUUUUAUCUUUGAUACUUAAAAAUUCUUUUAAAUACAUUUUAUACUAAAAAGGAUGAUUUUAAAUUUGUUUUAUACCAAAUGAAUCAUUUUCUAACAAAACUCAUACCUAAAAUAACAUCAACCGUUCCAGACCCGCGGCUUCCACAUCCUCUGGCACUUGUGCAACGACCUCGGUAUCAUCCGCUACUGCUGCAAACUCUGCGACUACAAACACGAACGCCCUCAAUCCGUAUCGACGCACGGCAAGAAGGAGCACGGCACGGAGGACGUGGUGGAGGACAGUCUGAGCAAGUACGAGGAAGAGGUCAAGUCCAUGUCCAAAGCCUGCUUCGGCCUGGAGCAGUUGUUCUCGAAGGAAAGCCGCCGACGCAAGGUGGGUCAGGAGAUUAAUCUCGAGGAGAUAAUGAGCCCCGCCACCGCAUAAACACACGCUUCUUCGGUUAUCGGUUGUUAGUUAUGUUACCCCACACCUCCCUGUCACAAGGCCAAUUUCCUUUCUUUUCGACUCGGUUUUGAACUGGAGGAGCAUUUUUUGAAAAUUAAAAUGAAUUUGGAACGUAUUAGGUUGUUCAAUAAUUUUUGAGUUACUCGUAAAGCAAAUUUACGUUGUUAAGUAGCUCAGAAUUUUUUGAACAACUUAAAAUUUCAAUAGAAAAUUUGAUUUUGAUAGUUUGGGUGUUUUUCGAAAAUUAAAAUGAAUUUUGAACGUAUUUCAUAGAAACUGUGAUUUCGAACUGAUUUUGGACGUUUUUAAUUAAAAAUAAGUUUUGACGAACUGCGCCCAUGUCUUGGCGUCAAAAUUUUGAUUUGAAUUUUUUGAAGUGAAAAACGGGUUUUGCUGUGAGAAAAAUGACACUUGAUGAAUGAUAAGUAAUUAGUAACAUCUGAAAUGUCAUUUUUGUUCAAAAUUAAGAAAAAAAUUUUUUGAAAAAUUUAAGUUUUUUGAAAUUUGAAAAAAAAAUAUUUUUGAACUUUCUUGUGUGCGAAAUACAAAUAAUAACAAAGAAUAGUUGUUUUACUAACCCAAAACGAAAGGAAAUUAGCCUCGGGGACAGUUGGUUCACAUUAACAACCGCAACCCGCGCCCUAGGCUUAAAAUGCGAAAAGUUCAAAAUUUGAAAAGAAAAAGCGGGGAAAUUGGUCGAAAUAAGAAAACAACAUCUCAAUAUUUAUUCUGGUCUGAAUACGUUCACAAUACACCUCAGUCUUUACAUUUCGCUCUCUAUUGUCGUAUCAUGUUACAUUACUAUAAUAAACAUCUUGUUUUUAAUGUUGUCGCAGUGUAGCUAAGGUCUACAAUAUCUAGAAUUAGGUCUACAAUUUGCUUCUUGAUGUUGUUACAGUAAAGUACGCUUUCUACUACUGUAAAUGUAUUCAUAUGCACUGUAAAUCGGCUUCUGCACAGCUUUCUUUGGUUGCCAUUGGCUUUAUCUUGUGUUAUCAUUGGCAUUUUGUUAAGUUCUCAUGUUUAAAACGUAUUUUUUUAUCUUUUAUCACCUUUGGCAGUAUUCAGUGUAUCAUGUGUUACUAUUUGUAAUACUAUACACGGUAUAUCAUGUGUUACAAUAUGUAAGACAAUAGAUAUUAUAUAAUGUACAGUGGAACUCCUCUAUAACGAAUAUCUUGUAUAAAGGACCACUUUUAAAUAUUUUGCCAGUAGACAUGUAAGGGGGGUUUACUAUAUAGGCCUGGGCCCAAAGCAAAGCAUUUUUUAAAAGAGGACGGGCUGACACAUGUGGGCCUAAAGCAAGAGCUGACAUGUGGACUGGGCCGAACAAAUGAGCCCGGCUUAGACGUGAAAAUGGGCUUAUUAGGCAAGACCCGUGCUGUCCUGGUCCCGAUAUACCCUUAAGUAGAUUUGAAAGAGGAUUCACUAGGGCAACGAAAGUUGACAUGUAGCCUCCAGGGCCGGAGCUAAGAGUCCUGUCUUAGUCUAGGUCCAGCAACGAAAGAUUUGACUUGCGAAAACGAAAGGUUUGACUUUGACAAAAUUGAGCCCGGCCUGGUUCUUUAUAUUUAUACUUAACAACACAAAGUACAUUAAAAGCCCCUGUAUAUGUAUCACAAAACUCCUUUGUAACGAGUAACUUUUAAAGCCCCCAAGCGAUUUGGUGUACAGUAGUUCCAUUGUAUGUACAUUGCUAAUACUCUGUAACACGGUAUGGCAUUAUAUAGGCAUUUUUGGUCAAGACGCAUUGUUCUCAUAUCUCUAUACUUUUUGAAAACAUUAUCAAUGAAAAAAUGAAAGCACUAUCAAAAUAUUCACAUUGAAACCUUUCUACCCAAAACAUACUCAAUAUAUGUAUUCAGAAAACAUAUUUUUUCAAUACCAGUCAUCAUAUAUCACAACAUAGUCAGUAAUGUAAAGUCAAAACUCGCUCAAUUCAAAAGCCAUCAUCUCUCACGUUCUAUCUCUCUUUAUUUGUUUCUACGGUCUACAACAACUUCAUCUGACCUCAGGCUUUGUUCUUAAAAUGCUUUUUUUGUUUUUUUAUUUCAAAUAAACCUAUAAUAAUAUAAACAUGGGAGAGUAAAGUUUAAUGAAUUUUAUAGUAUAUCUUUAUAGAAUAAGAAGUAUCAAUAGGGAAGUUUGCUAGUGAGGAAUUCUAAUAAACUGUGCCAACAGAGACUUUGCUAGGGGGAGCGGAGGAGAGGUGAAUGGGGUGGAGGACUGAAUUGGGGUGCAUCAAUCCCCUCUUUUCAUCAAAGCCGGUUCAAAAAAAUAAGAAAAAAAAUUUUUUAGGGAAAUGGGUGCACCAGUGGUAGACCAAAAAAAAUUUAAUUUUUUUAACUUUUAAAUUUUUUUUUAAUUUAAAAAAAUUUUUAUUUUUCAAAUUUACAGAAAUUUAAUCCUGUCCAAAUAUGAAUGAGACAAAAAUUUUUUUUUGAAAAUUUUAAAUAAAAUUUUUUCAAAAAUAAAAUUUUGAAAAAAAGACAGUAGCUGGUUCCUUAGAAUCUUUUAUGGAAGAUACCACGCAUUCUAAAUUGGAAAAUAUGCUUUAUAUGCUUAGCAGCUAGAGAAGGGUGGGGUGACGAAAAAAAAUUUUUGGAUUUUUUUCGAAAAAUUCGGGCGCAGGCAGCAGCUAGCAAUAGUACCAGUGAUCCAAAAAAAUAUUUUUGGCUUUUAUUUGAUUAAGACAAAAAGUCUUUUUAAUUUACCUUAACAUAACCCAUUUCACCUACUUUUAGAUUCCAAAACAGUCAUCAGAAGACAAGUUCGAUGACUUGUCCGACAUUGCCGCUCCAUCCGGCCUUAGUCUCUUCGAAGGUGCCCUAACAACAUCAAAGAAGCCUAAUACAACCCCAACCACGACAAGUUCAUCGACUGGUAAAAAGCGAUUGUCAGCGAGGAGAUUCGGCGUUCGAAAGGGCACAAAGUCGAAGAAACAACGGCAGGAAAUGGUGAAGUUGAGGGAAAUCAGCAUGAUGAUUGGAGGAGCCGCCUACUUCAAGAAGAAGAGCACUGAAAGUGUCAUUUGUGAGGUAGGGGUUUUUUGAAAAUUUAAAGGUUUUAAAAUAAAUUUUGAGUUUCAAGCUGAACUUUAGGAGAUAAUUUUAUGCUUAGAAAUGAGGUUUUAGGCUUAAAAAUAAAAUUUCAGAUUCAAAAAUCACGUUUAGGCUAAAAUCUGUAUUUUAGGCUUAAACAUUAAAGUUUAUGCUUAAAGAUGAAUGUUAGGCUUAAAAAUGUAAUUUUAAGCUUAAAAAUGAAAUUCUAGGCUUAAAAAUAAAUUUUAGGCUUAAAAAUAAAUGUUAGGCUUAGAAAUGAGAGUUUAGGACCAGCAAUGAAAUUUUAGGCUUAAAAAUGAAAUUUUAAGCUUAAAAAUGAAAGUUUAGGAUUAAAGAUGAAUUUUAGACUUAGAAAUCAAAUUCUAGGCUUAAAAAUAAAUUUUAGGCUUAAAAUGAAUGUUAGGUUUAGAAAUAAGAAUUUAGGACCAGCAAUGAAAUUUUAGGCUUAAAAUUCGUAUUUCAGGCUCAAAGAUCAAUUUGAAAUUUAAACAUGAAAUUUUAGGCUUAGAAGUUAGUUUAUGUUUAAAAGUCGAAAAAAAAAUCUUUGCUUUUACUUUUUUAAAUUUAAAAAUUUGUUUUCAGGAUUGUGGAAAGCAAGUAGUAACUCGGUUGUCACAACACGCCUACGGUCAUAUGGAGAACUGUCCCCUCUACCUAUGUCCACUAUGCGAAAUGGGAGAUCCAUGCCGAGCGAUGGUGAUCAAGCAUUUGAAGGAUUUCCACGACUCCACCGCUAAUCCAACCGACAAUCGCAUCAAGCACGCUCAAGACAUCAAGAUGACCAUCAAACGCUGCUUCCCCGACAUCUUUGUCGACGCCAAAGUCCCCACCCAAGCCGAUCUGGACAAGCUGAAGACUAGUCUAGGUUUGUCUGACCACGACUUGACCGGUGAUGGCGAAGAACCACAACAAGAAGAGGAAUCGGAGGAAGAAAGGGAAGAACAAGAGGAAGAACAAGAUGACGUGGAGAAUCAAGAUGAAGUAAAAAUGGAAGAAGAAGUGUUUGGCGAGAUUGAGGGGCCAGAUUUAUCAAAAUAUGAAGUGGGGCAUGAGGAAGAAGUUGAAGCUGUAUAG